AUGUUGUAUUCGUUACUGAUUGUUUGUGUUGGUUGUGCAACUGCUUGUGCUAUUUUUGUAGAGCCAUUACUUUACUUGCAGCUUGAGCCUGAGACGACUACGCCACUAAACUGUGACAACAUUCCGUGCCCUCUCAUCUUCAAGCCUGUGUGUGGCUCAGACGGGGAGACCUAUAGCAACGCGUGCGUUCUUGGGGCGGAGAACUGUAGAAGAGGUCCUGCUGACAAAAUCUUCAUCGAGCAUGAGGGCUUUUGUCCCCCGGGUCAGCAGGAGACGACGACAACAGUUCGUACUUCUAGCACUUGA